AUGUCCUUUACGCACCGGCUCGCUCUGCUUCUGCUGGGCUUCGCCUUCAUCCACACGGUUAAUGGAAAGCUUCCUCACUGCCAGUUCUUUUGGGAGAUGGAGAGAGCCAGGAGAGACUGUCAGACACAACUACAGCAACAGACGCCUGCUAGCACAGGAUGUCAUGGCGAGUGGGACAAGUUCUUGUGUUGGAAGAGCGCUACGGUUGGCGAGGUGAUGACCCUCUCCUGCCCUUCCCCUGUCCAGCGCCUGUUUGGAAAGAAAGGUCAUGUCAACAGGAACUGUACUGAGCAAGGUUGGUCAAAUGUCUACCCCGUCAUCACCUUCGCCUGCUUUUCAAACAUCACAGACGAACCCAAUGAGCUAGUUUUCUACAGGGUGGUAAAGAUUUUGUCCACGCUGGGUCACAGCCUGUCCUUCGUCACUCUGCUCACCAGCACCAUCAUCAUCUGUUUGUUCAGGAGGCUCCAUUGCACAAGGAACUACAUCCAUCUGAACCUGUUUGUGUCGUUCAUGCUGCGAGCCGUGACCGUGCUGACUAAAGACACUCUGCUCUUCUCAGAUGACUUCCCAGAUGAAGACAACACAGACUGCGGCACUCAGCCCUCACUGGUGGGCUGUAAGGCCAGUCUGGUGUUUGUCAAUUACUUCAUCAUGGCCAACUUCUUCUGGUUGUUGGUGGAGGGUCUCUACCUGCACACGCUUCUGCUCGUCAUCCACCACUACUCUACCCGUCUAUCCCUCUACAUGCUCAUCGGCUGGGGAAUCCCUUUUGUAUUCAUGGUAGCGUGGAUUAUAUGUAGGAUAAACCUCGAGGACACAAGGUGUUGGGAGACUAACGAUGACCCCAUCCCCAACAGACUCAUGGAAUGGCCCAUCGUGGCGUCUGUCAUUGUUAACUUCAUUCUGUUCAUCAGUAUCAUCCGCAUCCUGGUGCAGAAACUGCGCUGCACUGAUGUUGGGGGAAAUGAGCAAUCACAAUACAGGCGUCUGGCAAAGUCUACCCUCUUGCUGAUCCCUCUGUGUGGGGUGAACUACGUGGUGUUUGUCUAUAUGAUGGAGCCGGCUGAUAAUAAUAUGAGACGCAUUAAGAUCUUCUUUGAACUGGCUCUCGGAUCCUUCCAGGGUCUAAUCGUUGCCAUUCUCUACUGUUUCCUUAACAGUGAGGUCCAGAGCGAGCUGAGGAGGACGUGGAGAAGUCUGUCUCUCAAGCGUUAUGUGGGGCGGGACUACAGGCUACACGCCAUGUCAGUCAGCCGAAAUGGCACUGAAAACUCCUCCCAGUUCCCCCGAAACUCCCGAGCCCAGUCCAUCCUGCAGACUGAGACUAUUAUGCUCUGACCACGAGACAGAGAGGGUCUGUUUUUGUAAAGACAUUCAGAACUGAUGCUCGUUUUCAGAGCGACUCAGACUGCAGAAGUCGAAUUGAAGGACACUUUUUACACAACAUAUCGUUUAUUGCAGGAUUGAACCUGAGACCUGCAGAACAUCCUAAGGUGAAGGACAUCUUAUUGAAGAUGCAUUAUCACACUGG